AUGUUGGAGUCCAAGGAUGCAGUUCUCGUGGCUACGAGCAUCGUGCUUGCCGUAUCGACCAUCGUGUCAGUUUCGGUCGAGCUGGAGAGGCAAGCAUCCACUGUCGGCCGCCUGACCGCGAGCAAGUGGCUCUUGGUCGCUGGUGCAUUUUUUGCUCUGGUCAUGACGUCGAUUGUUUGUAUAGCUGCGGCCAAAGGCCUUGGAGCAUCCAUAUCUGCUGCUGAGUUCUCCCGCAGGGAGACUCUCCAGAAGCUCAUCAUCGCAGCCUCCCCUCCAUACUUUCUGUGUAACAUGUUCGUCAAACAUGCCUGGUUGACAUUCUAUUACGGCCUGUCACAGACUCGCGCGCAGAGAUGGUUCAUCCACAUGAUGCAGGUCCUUGCCGCGGGUUUCGGCAUCAGCUCCGUUCUUGUCGUCCUGUUCCAGUGUGUGCCUCUGAGCGGCGUUUGGAAUCGGAACCUCGAGCCUCGAGAAGAGCACGGAGAUGCAGAGUGCAUCAAUUUGAUGGCAUUCUUCUACUUCAACUCGAUCUUUAUGAUCGUCAAUGAUAUCGUCAUGUACCUCAUACCUAUGGUACUGCUGUGGAAGGUCGAGACGAUCCGCGACCAUCGCCGGAGUUUGUAUGCGUUGUUCGGGAUCUGUUUCCUGGUCAUCGUGGCGAGUGUACUCAGACUUGUCGCCGUCUACGAGGUCGAUCAUUCAACCAACCUCUCCGAAAACUAUGCUCUCAUCUUUCUGUGGGCCGGCGUAGAAAACCAUGUCGGCAUCUGCACCGCCUGUGCCGGAGCUCUCAAGACCAAAUGGUGCACCACAUACAAGAAAGUCAGAGCUUUGUCGAUGGAUCUCAAGAACAAGUCAUGGCUUGCCUCAAUGUCGACAGCCACCUCGUCAUCUGGUGCACGCACUUCUCAGUGCACCGAAGAGCGCAGACUGUACGAACGAACCAGCAGCAACGCGUCAUCACUCCACGCUGUGCCAGCGGAGAAUGUCAAAGGCCCAUACAUGCGGAUGGAACUGGUCGGAAUGCAUCCCGGCAAGCGGAUCUCCCUGAUCGACAAACAUUAUGCCAGGACCAGUCCCGUGCCGCCCCAGUCUCCGGAUGGGUCUUGA